AUAAACUUAAGGUUCAUUUUUCAAAACACUAUGUAAUAAUAAUAAAGAAUCCUUUUACACACAAAAAAUUUUCUUUAUUAACUUCAACAUAUACCACUUAUAUAACAUCAUCCAUCAUUGAAGAAGAAGAACAACCACAACCACCACAAAUUUCACCACAACCACCUACUUUAAUUGCCAGGAUGCAAGAAGAAAAUCGACAAUUAUUAAUAAAGUUAGCUGGUCUUGAAAAUGAAAAAAUGAUGAGUAAUAGUGAUAACGAAGAUGAUAGUAAGCGUGAAUUCGGUUGAAGAGCUAGACGUACGCGAUAUAUUUAAUAUGGAUCAAAUUAAUUCAGGAGCAUUGGGCAAAGUUUAUAAGUGCACACAUCGAAAGUCACAACAAAUUUUAGCAAUAAAAUUAAUAAGUUUAUCCUCCUCAAAACUUCUUAACGUAACAUAUUCCGAAAUCUUGGCUUGUCGCCUAUUACGUCACCAAAACAUAAUUCAAAAUUAUAAACAAUAUAUUUACGAAGAUUACUCUUCAACAAACGAUUAUGAUUCAGAAUUACCUAAUUAUACACUAUGUUUAUUAAUGGAAUAUUGUGAACAGGGGUCUCUGUGGGAUAUAAGGCACAAACGACAAUCAAAAAGAUUAACUGAACAUGAAAUUGCAUUCGUAUGUAGAGAAGUUUUAAAAGGUUUAGAAUACAUUCAUUCAAUGGGAAUAAUACAUAGAGAUAUUAAAGCUCAGAAUAUUUUUCUAUCAAACGACGGUAUAGUUAAGAUAGCUGAUUUUGGUUCUUCUUCUUUACAUUCAAGAGCUUCAUUAAAACUUGGAACUUUAUAUUGGAUGGCGCCUGAAGUAUUACAUGACCAAAUUUAUAAUAGUAAAGUUGAUAUAUGGUCUUUAGGUAUUAUGGCAAUAGAAUUAAUUGAUGGUCGUCCUCCAUGGUUUCCUUUGGGCCAAAGAAAGGUCGUAGAGUUAAUAAGAACUGUAGGAACUCCUCCAAUUCCAUUAAAUAUUUCUUUAGAUUUUGAAAAUUUCUUGAGAGAUUGUCUUAAAGUAAAUCCUGUUGAAAGACCAUCUGCUACUGAUUUACUAUCUCAUCAUUUUAUAAAAGAAUUCUCUCUCGCAAUUGAAAAAUUACAAUUGUAAAUUAUUAGCAUACAUACAUAGUAUAAAAUUAUAAUUAUAAUGCAUUUAUAUUAUUAUUUAAUAACCCUAUAAACUAUAAUUAUGGAUAAUGUGUAAAUGAAUAGAUCCUACUUACUAAAUCCAAAUCGUGUGGAACGUCAAAGCGGAAGUGUAUUGUAAUCAUGUGAUAACAGAAAAUAUUUGUUACCCAUGUCGCACAUUUAUAGGGCGUGAAUUCAUAGAGCCGGCCGGAAUUAUUAAAUUUCCUAAUAAGAAAUUCCCGGAAUUAUAUUUUUAGAUAGAAGUAAAAUUCGCAGAUGUCGCACCGUUAACCAAAUAUCAUUUUAUCAAACAAUUUAUUGAAUAAAAUAGAUGUAUCAAAUUUGUAAUUAAUGCUUGAGUAUGUAAAUUCUCGAUGAGAUCAUUUUAUUUCCCUUUAACUUUUGUAACUUUUCUUUCUAUUUUCUAGCUCGAACUCUCGAAUUUUUUCCUUUAUUAUUUGUUCAACUUUCGCUA